AUGUCGCCAAGCUUUGAGUGGCACCCCGUCGCUCUUCUUCGGCAGAGGAGGCCAGAAUAUCCUGGCCCGGCAGACUUCUCACUCAUCGUGCUCAAUCAGCCUGUGAAACAGUCCCCCGUCUUUGACUCGCUAUGGACUAACGCCCUCACGCGCGUCGCUGCAGAUGGCGGAGCAAACAGGCUGCAUGAUCUCAGCAAGGCAGCUGAAGCCCAGUCUCACUCGCCAUUCACCAACCUGGAUGUUAUCAUCGGCGACUUGGACUCCCUUCUCCCUUCCGUCAAGGACUACUACACAAAGCUGGAAAAGCCGACCCGGGUCAUCCACGACCCUGACCAGUACUCGACGGACUUUGGCAAGGCCGUCUCGUGGAUACGCUCGAACCAUGCGCCAAACACCGACAUCGUGGCCCUCGGAGGGCUAGGCGGCCGCGUCGACCAGGGGCUCAGCCAGGUGCACCACCUGUACCUCUUCCAGCCGGGGCCAGACUACGCCCAAGGCAGGCUGUACCUCGUCUCGGGCCAGAGCUUAACGUUCCUCCUCAAGCCCGGCCGCCACAGCAUCUGGGUCCGCGAGGGCGGCGACGACGUUUUUGGGAAGCACGUCGGCAUCAUCCCCAUCGGAGGCACCAGCCACAUCACCACCAAAGGCCUCGAAUGGGACGUCGAGAACUGGGAGACCAAGUUUGGGGGCCACAUCAGCACCAGCAACCACGUGCUGCCCGAGACAAAGGUGGUCGAGAUCGAGACGACGAACACGGUGCUUUUCACCAUUGCCCUUGCGGGCAUCGAAUAG